AUGGUUCAUUAUCUUGACGUGAGGGGCGGGUGGGAUCUGAAGGAGUGCGAGUGCUGCUUCGACCGCGCGGUCAGCCUUGGAGCAGAGCGUGUUGUGACCAUGGAGAGCCUUGACUUUGUGCAAUCCCUCCUCACCAAACAGGUGCGUGACGCGACCCCUCUUGCACCACGCCGCGACAGGGGCAACGGAUCCGGCCCGACAGAGAGCAUGCUGGAGUAUGCGCUAAGAGUGCAGGCGUUUGGAGAGCAAGGGGAGAUGGCGCCUCGUGCGCAGUUCUCCUGCAAGUGGCCUCGAAUGGACACCAUAUGGAAAGCGCACGUGGAUGUGUAUGACGCCGUCUACCCAGCUCUAGCAAGCCAGCUGGGGGCGGGCUGCCAAGAGGAGGAGGGCAAUGCUGCCUCCGUGCUGGUGCAGGUGCUGGGGUUGAAGGAGAGUGCUGAUCUGAAGGAAGGGUUUGGGUUCUUUGUGCAGCAUGUACUGUCAGGCGGGCUGGAGAAGGCGCAUGCACAUUGGAGGGGGAAGGGUGGUGGGGGAGCUGGGAAGAAAGGUCCGAUGAGUGCGGGGCUGAUGGGGCAGAUGGGGCAGCCGGGGCAAAUGGGGAAGGUGGGGGAAGCAAUGGCUGCUGUGAUGCAGAGCAUGCAGAGUGGAGCUUGCAUGGAGCCGGACGAGUGGCUGCAAAUCAUGCAUGAGUACGGAGUAGACAUGGCAGACAUGGUGGCGAUUCUAGGGGGUGAUAGUGCAGGGGGCAUGGGGAUGGGUCUGCCUGUUGGGAUUGGUGGUGGUGGGCGGAGUGGAAAGGACAGGGUGGGUGGUGGUGAUGUGAAGGGUGAGAAGUGGAGGGGGCAUCUGAAGGGGCGUGUGUGGGAGAGGUAUGUGGAUGGCAUGGCUUGGAUUCUAAAGCAUGGAGUCGCCUCUGUGUUCUCCCGGCGAGAGCACCGCAAGCUGAGAGCCAUGUUCUUCGCAUCAUCUCAGAGUGCAUCCAGCAGCAACGUGCAGGAUGCAGCCAUUGACGAGGCCCGGGAGAGGCUGAGGAAGGGGAUGCUGACAAGUGGGAAGCUAGGGAAAGAGGGGAACGAGAGAGGGGCAACAGGAGGAGCAGUGGAUGCAGCAGCAGCAGCUGCACUGGCAAAAGGGAAACCAGCUCCCAGUGUUGGUAUCAGUGGAACCAGCAGCAGUGGGAUGCUCAGUCCUGGCCUCGUUCCUGUCAACACAGACCCAACCAUUGGGCUGCUUACCAAGUGGGAUGCUUGUAUCUUGCAGUGGCUUCGGAUCUACGGCUCAGAUUCGAUUUCCGCCAAGAACUGCUUCAAGGACAGCCGACAUGGAAAGGUCCUGCCCAUACGCCACCCGCUUCGGGAUCUUCCGAGCCGGCUGGUCCGGUUCGGCCCUGUUCUCCCGCCAUUGGACGGAAGCACCCGCCUCCUGGAGUGGGAGGAGUGGCCAGAGGGGGACGAAGCUGCUAUGAAGUUUCCUGAGGACUCCAGUGCGAGAUGUUUCGGGCUGGGCAGGGCUGAUGGCAGUCGCGCGAACAGUGGGAAUGGGGAAGCGCAGCAGGGAAGCUUCCCGGAAGCUCUGCUGCGACAUCAGAAUGGAGAGUCCCCUCCAAUUGUCCGUUGCAGGGCAGAUGCGGACUUGAUAGUGGAUUUUGCCGGUUUGUUCCUGGAGGCACCAGCAUGCGCCCACUGCAGCCAGUGCAUCACCCUGUACAUCUCCCACGCCCCCUUUGUCGCUUUCAUUGCCAACUUCGCCUAUCGCCCCGCCUUCGUCCUCCUCGACCGCUUCCUCUCUGUCUUCAAGCCGCGGUCUGAAGUGUUUCAGAGCCUUCUCUCCCGCCUGGGGCUGGACUCUUCUUUAAACGCCCCUCAUAACUCUCAAUCUGACAGGCGCAGCAGCAACAGUAGCAGCAGUGUGCGUGCAUUACGGGAACGGGCAGAGCUGGUGCCGGUUGCAUUUCUGCUCAGCCUGGCGCUGCUCUGCGCCUCUCCUCUCCUGCAACAGAGCGGCACGGAAGGCGGACAGAAUCCCAGGGCUGGCAUGGGUACCUCUGUUGCCAAGGAGAAGGCAGGCGGGAGGAGGUCAGAGAGUGGGGCUAGUGGGGAGGGCAUGAGGGGAGGAAAGGGUGGGGAUGGUGAAGAAGAUAGUGGGGUUGUGUGGGAGGAGGUGCAGUCGUGGUUCACGGUGGCAAUGCUGCCCGCCUCCGGCAUGGGGGAAGGCGUGCUGGCGUGUAGUGGCAGGAUGGCAGGGGAGGAGGAUGAGUUUGCUCAGGUUGAAGGGGCCAGUGAGGUUUACCAGUGCUUUCUACUGCCCAGGUUCUCUGAAGACAUGAAACAGGGGGAUGGGCUUGGUGGUUUCAGCAAGCGGAAGGCCAAGAAAGGGGAGGUCCUGGCUUAUCUGAAGGCAUGGCCGGGGGGAGUCAAUAUGGUGGCAUGUCUGCGAGAGAUGCUGCUGGGGGAGCCGUGCUACCGCCCUGCCUCCGCUGCUGUCUCUUCCACCCCUGGUGCUCCAACCACUGGUGUAGCUGCACGAACCAAUGCAGCCGCGUCUGUUUCAGUUACUGAAGCCUCGGGUGCUGCUGCUUGUAGGCAGCGUGUGUGCGGUGCUGCGGAGUGCGGGAAGGUGGAGGUUGGCGGUGUGAAGCUGAGGAACUGCUCUGGGUGUGGCAAGGUGGUCUAUUGUGGCAGAGAGUGCCAAAAGGCGUACUGGCCCUCCCACAAGCUCACAUGCCCUGGCAGGAGGAACAGCAAGAAGAGUGGGACGAACAUUGGCAAGGUGAGUGGUGAGGUGGGUAGGAAGGUGGGUAGCAAGGUGAGUGGCAAUAUGUGUGGCAAUUGA